AAACAAAAAAAACUUUAUUGAAAGCCACAAUUUGAAGAAAACAAAACAGACAAAAGAGGAGUCAGGGGAUUUGAAAUAAAAACAUUAAAUGAAGACCAUCAACAAUUCUAACUGCUUUACAGUUAAAUAUGGUACUCGUGUAUUGUCUGGUUUGGUUCCCAAAAAGAAAAGGAAAGACGUUUUGAAGGACUAAAUUUGGAUUUGUGGAUAUGAAAUUUCACAACACUAUUAAUCAACUUCAAAACAAAGACUGGUUUAGUAUUGUUGCUAUCAUUAUUGAAGAAACCUCACCAUACGUGUUUCCAAUUACAACCCACAGUCAAUAUUAUUAAUGAUAAAACGGGAUAGACAUUUCCACAAUUUGUUAGGACGUAUGACAUUGCCAGAAUAGGUGUCGCAAAGUCGUUCCGCAAAACGAAAAAUCAACACAAAUGUUUUACUUGAACUCAAAAAGAUCAUGUUUGGCAGAAUAGUAACUUCGAAAGAAGUGUCUUCGUUUAUUUGUAUGGAAGAGUCCAAAUCCAAAUGCUGUCGCAAUUUUGCUAAAAUCUUUUUGAAACGGAUUAUGACGUUUGUCGGAUGCUGCGCCUCUCACUACAGUUCCCAGAAUGCCAGGCGCGGUGACGCCAUAAUAGCGCGCUUCCGCAGCUUGGCGCACGCGACGCGACGCGACAAUGGGCCCCGUCGAGCUGUUGCACAUGUCGGUGUUCUCGCAAAGUUUUUCGCCGUGCGGACGCUUCCUGGCGGCGGGGAACAACUACGGAGAGAUCGGCAUCUUCAGUUUGUGCGCAGCUCUGAGUCCGGACGUGUCGGAGGCGGGUCGGAAGCCGGUGCUGACCUUUGCAGCUCACGACGGUCCGGUCUUCUGUCUGGAGUCCUUCGACGGCCAUCUUCUGAGCGCCGGCGACGGGUCGGUCAGCGCCUGGAAUUGGGCCGAACUCAUCAAGAAGAACGUCAAAGCGCUGUGGACCAAGAGACCCCAAUACAAGGCCAGCAUGGAGAUCCCCGAGAUCAACGCCAUGGCCGUCAACCCUCGAGACAACAGCGUGGUGUUCGGCGGCGGUGACAACAACGUUCACGUCUUGGACCUGGAGAACGGCGUCUUCAAGUCCGUCUUGCGGGGACACUCGGACUACGUUCACUGCCUGAGCGUGAGGGAGCGCGAGGGCGAGAUUCUGUCGGGCGGCGAGGACGGCGCCGUCCGGAUGUGGGACAGCAGGACGUCUCAGUGCGUUCACUGCGUGGACGUGCACAAGUACCAAAAAUGUGCCCGCCCUCAGUUUGGCAAGUGGAUCAGCUGUUUAACGACCGACUCGGAUUGGAUGCUGUGCGGCGGGGGGCCAGCCCUUUCCCUGUGGCACCUUCGUUCUCUGACGCCGACGUCCGUCUUCGAGCUGAACGGCUGCCAGAAACGAGCCAGCUUCUUCCAGGACAUGAUUCUGGCGGUGGGCCAAGGUCCCGCUGUGUCCCACUGCCUGCUGGGGGGGCAGGUCAAGGCUCAGAUCCCGUGCACGCCCAACAACAUCAACAGCCUGGAGCUCAACACCAACAGUGCGGAACACCAGGUGUUGACGGUGGCAGGAAGCAGCCAGUACGUGGACGUGUUCACCAACGUGUCCUACCGAGCCUUCUCACUACGCUUUUGAAGCACACAAACAUGUCAAGUUAUCAUUGUUUUAGUCUCUUGAAUAAAAUGUCAUUGUGCGUGUACAAGA